AUGUAUAUCAAUUACCUAUUCCUCUUCUCUCUCCUUGCAGCAGCCGCCACCACCUCCGCGCUCGUGCAGGAUUUCUGCAUUGCAGACCUCUCCCUUCCCCCGACCCCUGCCGGCUACCCUUGCAAGAAAUCGGCCUCCGUCACAGCCACCGACUUUUCCUUCCACGGCCUUGCGGCCGCCGGCAACACCAGCAACAUCAUAGCGGCUGCCGUGACCCCGGGCUUCGACGGGCAGUUCCCGGGCGUAAACGGGCUUGGCGUCUCGAUUGCGCGGCUCGAUUUGGGGGUUGGAGGGGUCAUCCCACUCCACACCCACCCGGCAGGGUCGGAGAUCCUCGUGGUGAUCCAAGGGACGAUAUGCGCGGGCCUCGUCUCGUCCUUUGAUAAUAAGGUGUACCUGCAGACGCUCAACAAGGGGGACGUUAUGGUCUUUCCGCAAGGGCUGCUGCAUUUUCAGAUUAAUUCUGGGAAGGGCCCGGCACUUGGGUUUGUUUCGUUUGGGACGCAGAACCCCGGACUGCAGAUCACGGACUUUGCGCUGUUCAAGAAUGAUUUCCCGACGGAGCUCGUGGCGAAGACGACGUUUUUGGAUGUGGCGCAGAUCAAGAAGCUGAAGGGGGUGUUGGGUGGGACCAACUGA